CUCUUAUACAUCGACACCGAGCUGCAUCUCGAGAAUGUGGAUUACCAAUGUCGGUGAGUUGGCUGACCGAGACACAUCGGUGAAAAAUACGAGCAUUGGGCCAACAACCUCGGUGCAUCCACCUGGAAGUGUACCGGCUGGUGACCUAGUGAGUCUGCUACGCGGGAGAAGUGACGGCUGGCGCGAGCACCUCUGUGGAAGUUCACAUUCUGCACGGGAGGAUCAGAAUGCCCGACGCCCGUCGCCCGUACUAUUCCAUUGCAUACCUAUGCGCAAUCGUCAUCGAGUGCGAAGGCCUUGAAUAUCACAGUUAUGGUGACUUGCCGACGGACGCGAAGUAUGCCAGAGAUCGACGAAGCAGCGAGUCCCGAUUCGCCUUUGGAUUGAAACCUGAGAGGUGAGUACUCUUUGUGCAGUCGACUUCAAGACAGGAUCGCGGCAGUUUGGCUCCAUGCUCGGUAAGGACGUCGACGAGACGUCACGCACGAGGUAGCCUGUAGACAACGUAACUUGAAAACUUCAGCCACUGGCUGAUCAUGAUUC